AUUUGUAUAAAAACUUUUAGUACACAACAAUCAACAUUGUCACACAUUCUCUACCUGUCACGGCCGGGUCCAGGGCCAGUGGCUGAGCUAGGAUUAGUGCCACCCGAGGCGGAAAAAAUAGAUUUGCUACCCCUUGACAUGAGAAUCUCGCUGCCGAAAAUUCCGCCUCUCCAUGUCAAGAAAAAUGUGCCAAACAACGGGGCGGGCCAUCCCUCCCUCACCGUCUGCCCUCUCAACAUACAUUACUCGUGUGACGUCAAUCAGCCCAUAACGGCCCGUGCUAGUCAGGACAGACGUCGUCUACUUGAAAGUCCUGGGAGAAAAAAUAGACUAAAGUUUGCCUUGCAACACGG